AGUUUCAUAUUAGCUUCGAUCAGCCUAUUUACAAAUUGAAGGUCUUGCUACUUAAGGGAGGGGAGUGAAGUACUCUAACCCCAAUUACAUAGAAAAUGUCAGAGUCUAACACACAGAAGCACUUUGUUCUAGUUCAUGGUGCAGGCCAUGGAGCUUGGUGCUGGUACAAAAUCAAGCCGAAGCUGGAGUCCGCCGGCCACAAAGUUACGGCCCUCGACAAUGCUGGUUCAGGCAUCGACACCAAGUCCAUAGAGGAUGUUCGUUCACUAGAAGAGUACUCUGAACUGCUUCAGUUUAUUGGAUCACUUGCUCCACAAGAAAAGGUGAUCCUUGUAGGUCACAGCCUUGGGGGCAUGAACUUGUCUGUUGCCAUGGAGAAGUUCCCUCUGAAAAUUUCUGCUGCUGUUUUCUUGACUGCUGUGUUGCCAGAUACCACACACCACCCUUCGUAUAUUAUGGAUCAGUUCAUGGAAACAACACCAUCAGACAUAUGGUUGGACACUCAGUUUGGAACGUUUGGAGAAGAACCCUUAACUUCAAUUGAUUUUGGUCCCAAGUACUUGUCAACAGUUCUUUAUCAACUCAGCCAUAUUGAGGAUUUUGAACUCGCCAAGACUCUAGUAAGGAGAAGUUCCUUCUUUCGUGAACAAGCGUGCAAGAUGAAGAAUUUCUCAGCUGAAGGAUAUGGAUUGGUUAAAAAGGUUUUCAUUGUUUGUGAAAAGGAUUUGAUAAUGACAAAGGAAUUUCAGCAUUGGAUGAUUCAGAACAGUGGGGUUAAAGAUGUGGUGGAGAUCAAGGGAGCUGAUCAUAUGGCAAUGUUCUCAAAGCCACUAGAACUGUCCAAUUCUCUUCUGGAGAUAGCACAGAGGUACAAUUAAAAUGUCAGUGAGCUACAAUAAUGCUAAUGGCUGGAACAAUAAAUUGCUCACUACUGGUGUAACAAUAAAUUACAGCCUAUAAUGUUUUAGUUUGAUCUUUCUCUUUAGAUGAACAAUGUCAGUGCUUGUAUUUGAAGAAACAUCUAUUACGAUUCAGUUUGAAAUAUUAAGUUUUCAAUUUAUUUUAAACAA